CACGGUGUCCAGCGUUACCUCCCUGGGCGUCCAGGAUACUUUCCCUAUGGGAAAGCUGGGGCUGCAACAAGCUUUCCGGAAUCAGUCCUUGGGCCAAAAUCACCCCUGCCGGGGCCAGGGCCAGCAGAGGAAGAGCUGGUGAUGAUGCACAUGGACCCCAUGCCCCAGCACCACCCCGGCGAGUACGUCCCGAGGACACAACUGCCGCACGGGUACCCACAGAGGAUUUCAUGCCGUCCUGCCUCUGAGGGGCGAGAGUGGCGAUUGCCCAAGCUGACCCCGGCUUCUGGACAGGGAAAAAGUUGCGGUGCCUUGGCAGGAAGCAAACUGCCCGUAAAAAUUGAAGGUGUGACUCUGCCAGGAGUGGCUGAAACCGCAGAUGUGGAGCAAGACGAUCGGCUACCAAAACUGAAUGUACCAAACGCGAUCCAACAGAAAGUCAUUCCAGGGUAUGCUGGAUUCAUCCCCCGCCUCACCUGGAUUAAUGGUGUGAACUACCUCCAGGCUGUGAAGGAAGCCAUGAACGAAUUUGACCGACAUCAGUUUUUGCAGAGAAACCCAGCUUGCAGCUUUGGCAAGAGAUUUCCCCAAACAUACUGGCCUAACAACAGAAUUUACACCAGUGCUGGACUGAUACCUUCCUACAUGGGUUUCGUACCAGACCUCCGACACACCUAUGCACUCACAUUUGGAAACAGCACCCGAAAAGCUUACCAAAAGGAACAAAGGAGACAAGCUUGUGCACUGUGAAAAAUGCUUUAAUGGUGCCUGUACAGCAUUUGAAGUGACUUUGAGACAGGAAGAGGAACACAACACAGACAGAGAAGUUUUGAAUGAAAGAGUUCAUACAGCUUUAAACAA